AUGACGACUCUCGACGGUAAAACCCGCCCAAAGUACGCAUAUAUAGAUGUAGACAUCGAUAAUCACCGCGUGAAGUACCAACUCGCCUGCGAUUUUGUGUCCAACACGGAUCUGAGGUACCAUUGGACCUCGAAAGUCUUGAAAGAAUUGGGAGGCGGGGAGAAGUUGAGAAUAAAAGAAAUGUUUGAAAACGACUUUGAAUGGUCCGAGAAAGGCACGGAAGGAAUAGAGUUAGAACCCGCGAAGGAAGAAAGAAUUAUAUUUGAAUUGUUUUGGGAGAAAGCGCCGUUAGCGUGCGAGAAUUUCGCGCACUUAUGCCUCGGGGAUAAAGGGAUGAGUAAGAAUUUCAGUGGAAAGGCAUAUCACUACAAAGGGUGUUAUUUUCAUCGAUGCGUGAAAGGCUUCAUGCUCCAAUCGGGAGAUUUCGUCCAUAACAACGGAACAGGGGGUGAAUCCAUCUGGGGAAAGAAAUUCAAAGACGAACUCGGAGGUUUAAAGGGUAAACACGACAAACUCGGUAUCCUGAGCAUGGGAAAUACCGGUAAAAAUAGCAACGGCUCCCAGUUCUUCGUCACGCUCGGCGCGGCGAAGCAGUGCGACGGCAAACACGUCGUCUUUGGCGAAUGCGUGAAAGGUCUCGAGUUGCUCCAGAAAAUAAACGAAGAAUUGGCGAGAGAUAGUAAAGAACACACGGAAAUCCCGAAGAAAGCGAUUAAAAUUGUCGAUUGCGGUGUUUUGCAAGCCUUGAGUACUGACGCGUAA